AAAUGGAGCGCUUCUUGAGCUCGCUCUGGGGGCUGUCGCCGAAGAUAGUGGUGGUCACCGAACAGGAGUCGAACCACAACGGAGCCACGAUGAACGAGAGGUUCGUCGAGGCGCUCAACUUCUACGCGACGUUGUUCGACUGUUUGGAGUUGACGGUGCCGAGGGGGUCGACGGAGAGGAUGAGGGUCGAGAAGCUGCUGCUGGGGGAGGAGAUCAAGAACAUUAUAGCCUGCGAGGGGGUGGAGAGGAGAGAGCGGCACGAGAAGCUCGAGAGAUGGGUGCAGAGGUUUGAGGCUGCUGGGUUCGGGAGGGUGCCGCUGAGUUAUUACGGGCUGCUUCAGGCGAGGAGAAUGCUGCAGAGCUUUGGAUGCGACGCUUACAAGGUUAAGGAGGAAGGGGGUUGUUUCUUCAUGUGUUGGCAGGAUAGAGCUCUGUUCUCCGUCUCAGCUUGGAGAUGCAGGAGGUAUGACUGAAUAUUUUUCGGGUUAGUUUUGUUUGGUUGUGUGUAAAGUUUUGUUUGGGUUUUUGAAUGAAGGAACAGUGUUUCGUUUGGAUGAUGA